AUGCUGCCUUCGAGAUUCGCAUGUCGCGAAGAGAGGCUGGCGACAGAGGGCCGGCUCAAGUACAGAGGCACAGCGCGCGUAGGGCUCGAGGUCCUACACUUCACAUGGAACGAGCCAAGGGAGCCAAACCAAAAAAGCCUCAACAAGCUGAAGAAAUGCUUUGAAAAAGGGCAGUGUGACCGAGUGACGCGGAACCAUAUCCCAGUUGUCAUUGAUCAGUCCCAGCUGGACGAUGUCCUCCACGCUUCACAGGUCUCGGCUGAGAGGCUGCUGACUAAUGCCGACCCUCAUCCGGAGCUCAGAUUUCCAUCAGGAUCCCAACUCCGCUGCCUCCAUGGGCGACACCGAGUUCUGGCAGCGCGAGAGGUCCUACCUCCGCAGGAGAGAUGGUGGACGGUGGAUAUUUACCUCGCAGAUAUCGACGAGGAGCUUAAGAAGGCCUUGAUCGAGGAGCACUCAAAUGAGCAGCCGCCGUCAGAUGGCGAGAUCUAUUGUAAGAUCCGAAAAUAUCAGCGAAAGCGGGAUCGGUACUCGGAAAUGCGAUGGUGGGCUCGCCUGUCGGACCAUGGGACGAGGUGUCUCGAGCAGCUCUUCCGUCAUGGCGAUUUUAAGGCCGCCUUCGACGAUCUGUUGGAUAUUCCCGGUCUCUGGGGCGGGAUGCGAAUUAGUACGUUGAAUAGGAUGAUUAGCUGA